AUGUCGUUGGACUCCGGAGUCAACGCAGCGUUGCUGAAUCUCUGCGCUCAGCUGCAGGACGGUGGUACCGCGAACACGGCUAGUGAGGGUCCCUCAGCACUGCAUUGCGCAGGAGGAUCUGGGGAAAUGGUAGCACAGCCUAGCCCGAGCGCUUCUGCAGGGGCUGCGACACCGGCUCCCGCCCCCUCCACCGCUGUUGGAGAAACGGCGAGACCCGCCUCCGACUACGAGUGGCUUCGCAACGCCCUCGCCUCGGUCGAGGCGCCCGAGAAGCGGGUCAAGCAGCUGCUCUUCAACAUGGAGAACCGAACUACCGAAGGGGAGCCGGGACCUUUGACGCCGGAAGAACAACUGGAAGCGUUGGCGGAGCUGGCUGACAUGGUCGAGGAUGUCAACUGGGCAGCAGAGUUUGCACUCAUGCAAGGCCCGCAACGACUUCUUCAGGUGCUGCGUCACGCAAGCGCUGCGCACCCUCUUCUGUCGAUCAGCGGCCGAGGUGCUGCCGCAGGCGCUGAGGCCUCCAAAAGUACCGACGCAGAAACGAAAGAGGAGUCACUCGCCACCCCCGAUAGCACCCCUUCAUCGGUGCUGCCGUUCUUCACAGCACUGGCCCUGGUCAUUGCUCACUCGGCUCAGCUGAAUGCGCCGGUGCAGGCUGCGUACCAAGCAGCUCACUGGGAAGACACCCUUCCCCACUUCAUGGCUGACUGUGUGAAAGCUGUUCAAGCUCUCUUACUCCUUGGCAGUGACAGGCAGGCAGACGGCACACGGGGCAACAGUACCGAGGCUGCGAGCGUAGUAACAAGAGCCACGUCCUUGAUGCGCCUGCUCGGUGCCGUGUUGCAUGCGUGCAGCUGCCUCUGCCGCGACUACCCGCCUAAUACGAUUGUGUUUCUCCAGAGCAGCGGCUUGGCCGUUAUUGUGGAUACGCUCAGGCUAACGCGAACACUGCUAGAGGCACACCUGGGGUGCACGCGAACGGAUGGAGGCGCCCCCGCGAUUGUCACCCACAUCUCUUCCGGCGCGGCAUCUGAUGAGGAGGCAGACGACGUCUACGCGCCGCUGCUUGGUACGGCCCACAAAGUAACUGCGCGAGCUUUCUUCUUUGUCACCUAUCUGGCCUCUGCAGGUGUCUCCAGCGAGGAGGUUAUUCAGCUUGCGUGUCUGCACGCCGAGUCCUGCAACAGCAACGAGACGAUCCAAAAGGCGGCGGCGCGUGCGCUGACGGAGUUGAUGGCAAAGAGUCCCAAUGUAAUCAAAGAAGCCGUGCAGACGCUGAUGCCUCAUCGACUAAAGGAGUGGCGGACACACCUGCAGCGCACAGUGGGCGACGAAGAAAUGGAGGACGAGCGCCGCCACUUUGUGGAUGUGUUCGAUAAAGUCAGCUGA